AAAAGAACAGUUAGAAAAUUUGCAUCGUAUGGUCGAUGAGAAUGAGCAAGCAUUUUGUGAUGCUUUGUACAAAGACCUUCAUAAGCAUAAAUACGAAUCUCUGAUCGGCGAACUAGCUUGGGUUAAGCAAGAAGCUUUAGAUACCAUUUCAAACCUCAAAAGCUGGGCCGAACCAAAUUAUGUCAAAAUAAUUAUGUCUGCCGCAGCUGAACACUUGACUCCUGUUACCCUUGAACUUGGCGGAAAGAGUCCAGCGAUUGUUGCGAAUGACAUGGACAUUUCUAUAUUAGCUAAACGUAUAAUUUGGAGUAAAAUGUAUAAUUGUGGUCAGACUUGUAUUGCGCCCGAUUAUAUGAUCUGCGAAAGAUCGGUUCAAGAUGCUUUUAUCAAAGAAGUACCUAAAGUUAUAGAACAAUUCUAUGGCCUUGAUCCUCAAAGUAGCACUUCUCAUUAUUGCCGUAUAAUCAAUAAGAGCCAUUUCGAUCGAUUGCAAAAUUUAUUGAAUCAAACUAAGGGAAGAAUUGUACAUGGUGGCAAUUUCGACAGAGAUGAUUUAUAUAUCUCACCUACAAUAGUAGCAGACGUUCCCAAGGAAGAUAAAUUAAUGGAGGAUGAAAUUUUUGGCCCUAUUUUCCCUAUAGUCGUUGUUAAGAAUCUUGAUGAGGCGAUUGAAUAUGUGAAUUCAAGAGAUAUCCCUUUGGCUCUUUAUCCCUUUAUAAAAGAUUUACCAUUCGGUGGACAAGGUCCAUCUGGGAUAGGAAGUUACCAUGGCAAACGAUCCUUUGACACUUUUUCUCAUGAGCGGUCCGUUAUGACUUCACCAUUUGCCAUGGAGAAACUUGCUAAAGCUCGUUAUCCACC